AUGGAUACAGCGACUGAAGCCUCCAUUGCCGUGGCUUCGCCCGUCACCUUGACCUGGCGAGAACUCGGCUGCACCAUUUCCCGCAAAGUGCAGGGACACACACAGCACAUCCAGAUCCUCAAGAAUGUGAGCGGACAAGCGCUUCCAGGCCGCCUGCUCGCGAUUUUGGGUUCAUCCGGAAGUGGAAAGACGACGCUGAUCGACUGCCUGAGCGGUCGCAAAACAGUGGGCGCGCUGCACGGGGAAGUGUUUGUGAACGACGAGCCACGAAGCUACCUCAACUUCAAGUGGAUCACCGGGUAUGUGAUGCAGCAGGAUGCGCUGUACCCGACGCUGACGGUCCGGGAGACGCUCGUGUUUGCUGCCAACAUGCUGCUGCAAGAGCCGCGCCACCGCCGCUUGGAGCGGGUGGACCGCGUGAUUCGCGAGCUCGGGCUGACGGACGUGCAGGACUCCUUUGUCGGAGAAGACAUGCGGCGCGGAGUGUCUGGCGGCGAGAAGAAGCGUGUUGCCGUCGCCAUCCAGCUCAUUCACAACCCGCCGGUCCUGUUUCUCGAUGAAGCGAACACGGGCCUCGACACGUACAGCUCGCUGUUGCUCAUGCGCCAGCUACGACGGGUGGCCAUGGAGCACCAGCGGUGCAUCAUCACCACUGUUCACCAGCCGCGCAGCUCGCUGUUUGAGCUCUUCGACGACAUCAUGAUCCUGAGCAAGGGCGCUGUUGUCUACAACGGCCCUCGCGAGCACAUCCUGUCCACCUUUGCCGCCCACGGGUGCACCUGUCCCGCACAGGCCAACCCGGCGGACUUCCUCAUCGACACGGUGGUGUCGAGUGAGAUGGCGUGGGCCGACGGCCAGGACGACGCACAUCACGCCGCCGCAAUCCGAGCGCUCAAGGAGCGUGCGAGACAGGCGCCGCCGCCACCGCUGCCUUGUGGCGACACUGUUGAUGCACCGGUGAACCUGCAGGAGGAGUGGGCGCGAACGCACGGCGUCGGCUUCUGGCGCCAGCUGUACUACCUCACCGGACGAGCUGUCCGUACGACUUCCCGUAACCCGUUUUCCACCAUCGCCGCCCUGUCCCAGGCCAUCCUCUUCUCGCUCUUCCUUGGCGCGACGUAUUUCGAUCUCUCCCACAAGCAGCAGAGCAUCCAGGACAGGCUUGGGCUGCUGUUCUUCAUCUGCAUCAACCAGGUGUUCUCGCAGCUCGGGUCCAUGGCGCUGUUCAUUGAGGAGCGGCUCAUCUUCGGCCGCGAGCGCGCAAGCGGGUUCUAUUCCACGCUGCCGUAUUUCCUGGCCCGUUCCGUCACAGAGAUACCGCUGCUGUUCUUCUUCCCGCUCAUCACCUCCUCCAUCCUGUACUUCAUGGUCGGGCUGCAGCCAGACGCGGGCAAGUUUGCCAUCUUCUACCUCAGCCUGUGCAUGGUGACGAACGUUGCGUCGUCGCUGUUCAUUGCGGUCGGCAGCGUGUCGCCCUCGCUCAAGAUUGCAAACAUCUUUGCACCCGUCACCGUCGUGCUGUUUCUGCUCUUCAGCGGGUUUUACCUCAACACACACUCCAUCCCCGUGUACCUGUCGUGGAUCUCCUACAUCUCCUUCAUCAAGUACGCUUUCCAGAUUGCCGUCUACAACGAGUUUCACGGCCUCACAUUCGACUGCAACACCACCACCACCAGCACAUCGCCCUCACAGCAGCAGCUGGUUCAAGUACACGCGGACGCAGCGCCACUGGACCCCUCUGUACAUGGCGGCGGCGGCGGUGGUCUUGGCGAAGUGGGAACAAGUCAGGCGAUACAUGACGUUUUGUUUAGGGGCGGGGGAGCUGUGGUGGCGGAAGACGCAUCCCUCGCCGCAACACCAUGCAUCCCAACAGGCGACGACGAGUUGCGGCUGCUUGGGUUCGACACUGUCGACAUUGGUGUCAACUUUGCCAUCCUCGCUGGCAUGAUUGUGCUGUGUCGCGUGAUUGCGUUUCUCGCCCUUCGCUUCUCAAACUGGGAGAAGCGGUGA